AUGGGAGACCUUAAAGCUCGGAUAAGAGCCAAGUUUUCGAGAAAGAAUUCCGCAGCGGCAUCAUCCCUUGCCUCAUCUACGAGCAGCCGCGCCGGCUCGGUCUCAGGCUCCAGGAGCAGCCAGCAGCCGCCCUCCAUCCACCAUGACCACCACCAGCACCAGCACGCUGAUCUGUCACCCGACGCGAGCCAUGUGCGCCAGGGCGACAAGUCGACUGUCUCAGUCUCAGUCUCAGUGACAGACGAGCGACGUCAGUCGCCGCAGCAGCACCGAAAAGGGGGCCUGGAAAGGGAGGGCGAGCCAAAGACGACACAUUUCAUCAAGGCCGGCCCCGAGGACGGUGUGGCUGACACGUCCCCGAGACGCUCAACAGCAUCUUCCCGGGACAGGACUCCGCUGGAGCAGCAGAACCAGCAGCAUUCUACGGGCAGCAAUAGCAGUAGCGGUGGAGGUGGAGGUGUCGCUGCUGUCGAAGGCGCCGCUGCAGCAGGAGGAGGCGAGCUGACACGAAUCAAUUCCGCCGCUAGCGGGGACGCAAUGGCCACAGAUCAGCGCCUCUCCACAGGCAAACUCUCCAGCAUCAACGAACACGGCGAUUUUACCUCUGCCGCCGAUCAACAACCGCAACCCACCACGACCACGUCCGUCGCUCUCACCGUCGCCGGCCCUACGACGCUAGACCUUGUCCCCGUGAAAGACUCGGCUUCCGACCACGACCUCCACCACGAUCCGUUCCUCAGUCCAGCCCUCACCACUCCUACCGCCCGACCCGGCGCCAUCACCCUCCCCGUCUCCGGCGCCAGUCCGACGACCGUGAGCUUGGCCGGCAGUGCCCUCCGCCCCUCACCUUCACCCUCACCCUCACUGCCGAGACCUGGCCUCCUGCCGCGGCGACAGAGCCUCUUCUCCAACGGGCAGACGACCUUGAUCCGGACGCUGCUCAAUGGUGGCGAAGGCGACCAGAGCGACCCCGCCAACGCCAAUCAAUUGAUCCCCAUCAUCCCCAACAUGGUAACGAGGAAGAUAUGGGUCAAGAGGCCUGGGGCUUCUGCCACCUUGGUCACCAUCAAUGAGGAUGAUGUUGUUGACGACGUUCGGGAGAUGAUCCUGCGCAAAUAUGCCAAUUCUUUAGGGCGGAACUUCGAUGCACCGGAUUUGACGCUUAGGAUCAAACCCCGAGAGCAACUCCAAGAGCGGACGUUAGGACCUGAAGAGCCCAUGAGCCGUACCCUCGAUGCAUACUUUCCUGGCGGCCAGACUGUCGACGAGGCUUUGAUCAUCGAUGUACCGCUUCGGAGAAUAACGCCUAGGGCAUCACCCAGAACUGGGCCUCCUCAUGCUCCUCAUAUCACCUCGGCAUAUUAUGCAGACGAGACGCGGCCAUCCGAAGCCGGGAAUGACUACUUCGGUCCAAGUGCCCUCUCGACAGCCAAUAUUCCAGUAACGGUGACGGCCGCAUCUACCGGCUCGGGACAUCAUGCCAUCUCCAUCCUCAGCACUGGCCAAAUACCCCAGAUACCCUCUCCCGGCGGCACGAGGAGUCGGCCCUACCGAGAAAGACCGGAGCGUCCUCGGCUGGGAAGACAGCACACGUCGUCGCCGACCAUCUUGAACAUGGCGACUGGUGUCCACCCAGCCUCUAUCGCCUCUACGGCUAACCACGAUCAUUCAAAUACCGCUCCCGUACCGCCACCCCUGCCCACCCCUCCAGCCCCCGACGCUGCCGCCAUUCAGCGCGUAGCAACACCGCCACCCCGGGUCGCCUCGCCCCGCCCAACCGGCACCGUGCGGACGAAGAAGAGUAAGAAGACGGCCGAGCCGCCGUCGCUGCCGCCCGGCAUGCUCAACGGCACGGUGCCGCCCAUCAACGUGUUGAUCGUGGAAGACAACAUCAUUAACCUGAAGCUCCUCGAGGCGUUCGUCAAGAGACUCAAAGUGCGAUGGCAGACCGCUAUGAACGGUCGCGAAGCAGUUAACAAGUGGCGGACCGGCGGCUUUCAUCUCGUGCUGAUGGACAUCCAACUACCCGUGAUGAGCGGCCUGGACGCCACUCGUGAGAUCCGACGACUGGAACGCGUCAACUCGAUCGGUGUCUUCUCGUCCUCGGCCAGCAGCGUGGCGCCGGAGGAGACGAAUGGUCAGACGAAGGACGAGGACAGGCUCUCGAACACGGACAUGUUCAAGAGCCCCGUCAUCAUCGUUGCGCUGACGGCCAGCUCUCUACAGAGCGACAGGCAUGAGGCUCUAGCAGCCGGCUGCAACGAUUUUCUGACCAAGCCUGUAAGCUUUGUCUGGCUGGAGAGGAAAGUGAUGGAAUGGGGCUGUAUGCAAGCACUAAUCGACUUCGACGGCUGGAGAAAGUGGAAAGACUACUCCCAAAAGGCAGAUGAGGCCGCCGAGGAGGCCAAGAAGAAGGCGGCGGCUGCGAAUGCUAAGAAGAAGAGGAACCGCCAGUCUUUGAAUGCAUCAUGA